GCCGACCGAAAGCGCCACCUCCCGCCGCGCUCUCCGCCGCCUCGCGAUGCGUGCCGCGCUAAGCGCGUGCGUAGCCGCGCUGCUGUUCGCGGCGGCGCUGGCGCGCUACGAGCCGACCUGGGAGUCGCUGGACACGCGGCCGAUCCCGCCCUGGUACGAUGAGGCCAAGUUCGGCAUCUUCCUGCACUGGGGCCUGUACUCGGUGCCCAGCUUCGGCGACGAGUGGUUCUGGGAGUUCUGGCGCGGCGAGCACGACAAAAAGUACGUCGAGUUCAUGGAGCGCAACUAUCGGCCCAACUUCACGUACGCCGACUUCGCGCCGCAGUUCACGGCCGAGUUCUUCGAGCCGGACCGGUGGGCGGACCUGUUCGCCGCCGCCGGCGCGCGCUACGUGGUGCUCACGACCAAGCACCACGAGGGCUUCACACUGUGGCCGAGCAAGUACGCCUGGAACUGGAACGCCGUCGACACGGGGCCGAAGCGUGACCUGGUGGGUGACCUGGCGCGCGCCGUGCGGAACCGCACCGACAUCCGCUUCGGCGUCUACCACUCGCUGUUCGAGUUCUUCAACCCGAUCUGGCUGGCGGACAAGGCGAGCAACUUCACGCAGGUCACGUUCCCAGCGGCCAAGCCAAUCCCGGAGCUGUACGAGCUGGUGUAUGGCUACGAGCCGGACGUGAUCUGGUCGGACGGCAGCAGCCAGGCGCCCAGUUCCGACUACUGGGGCAGCAAGCAGUUCCUCGCCUGGCUCUACAACGACUCGCCGAUCCGCGACCGCGUCGUCACCAACGACCGCUGGGGCACGGACUGCGGCUGUGCUCACGGCGACUUCUUCACCUGCCACGACCGCUACAACCCGGGCGUGCUGCAGAAGCACAAGUGGGAGAACUGCAUGACGGUCGACCGCUACUCCUGGGGCUACCGGCGCGAGGCGGUGCUGUCCGACUACCUCACCAUGGACGACCUGACUAAGGAGCUCGCCGAGACGGUCAGCUGCGGCGGCAACCUGCUCCUCAACGUGGGCCCCACGCACGACGGCCGCAUCGUGCCCAUCUUCGAGGAGCGGCUCCGCCAGAUGGGUCAGUGGCUCAACAUCAGCGGCGAGGCCAUCUACGCGUCGCGUCCGUGGACGCACCAGAACGACAGCACCACGCCCGGCGUGUGGUACACGCAGCGCGACGGCAGCGUCUACGCCAUCGUGCUGGACUGGCCGGACGACGAUGUUGUCCAGCUGGGUAGUGUGACGCUCGGCACCGACAGCAAGGUGUUCAUGCUGGGCUACGACGAGCCGCUCAAGUGGGGGCAGACGCCCGGCGCGCCGGCACACGUGAAGUUCCCCGACCUGGCGCAGGUGUCGGCCCGCUGGGCCUGGGUGAUCAAGAUGAGCGGCGUCCAGUCGGCUGAGACCAACGAGCUGUAGCGACGCCGGGCCGGAGGACCGCCGUCCCAGCGCCCCUCGGUUGGAAGG